AGCAAUUCUAAGGUCGAUACACACCCAUGAAGAACUAACAGGCUUCAAUGAGCUUGACCGUAACUGAGAAGCGUUUGAUGGCAACUACUUGUUAUUGAAGGAUGUAGGGCAGAACCGCAAAAUCCGGGUGGACCUCAUGACUCGGCCUGCACGGAAACGCGACGUAAGCCUUUGUGAUAUAAAGAGGAACGAGCGACUUCUGAAAAAUACAUUCGGCCAGAGCCGGCAGAAUAGUAGGAAGUACAGGCUGUAAGAGCGCUUUGUUUGUAUUGACAAUUUUCGUAUUGCAAGACCGCAUUAAAGACCGGAUUACAAAACUCGAAAUGAGACACAUUUUGCUGAUUGCUAUGUUCGCUUUGGCUGUAACCGCCGACGAACCAAUUGAUUUGUCUCCUGACAUUAUUCCCAACGACGAUAGAAUGCCCGAUCCUGCGUUAGAGGUCAAUGUGUCUGGCGAGGACGAGGUGUUGGGCGAAGAGCUCCCGGAGGACGAGCUCGGCGAGGACGAAGCAAUGGACGGCGCAGAGACGGCCGUCUUCCGACCGCUGUUCGCCCACCGCCAGCGCGAGCAGCUCCGGCGGCAGAGGCUGUUGGAGGCGCAGCAGGAGCGGCGAAGGAACUGGAACUGAAGGAACCGAGGCCCACUUGAAGCUACACGUACGGGGCUUCAUCUGGCAUAAUUAGCGCACUUGCUAGUUAAUUAUUUAAUGUGAUCACUGCAUCAGUAUUAUAUUUGUAAUUGAUAGCUUUCUAUUCAAUAUGUACGUGAAUAUAUAAUGUAGUUUUACGAAUUCAAAAUAAAAUUUUCAAAUUGUAAAGUUUAAUUAAUCUCAAACGCAUUCAUCACUUCCACAAAAAGGAAACAGUAAUGAGCAAGAUAGAAGAAAUAAUUCAAAGAAUGUUAAGAGUCAAAUUAAAAUCAACGAAAGCCGACAAGUUUACUUCCAAUGCAAUGAUAUACAUGAAAAAGAAGGCAUCGGAAAUUACUUGAGACAACAUAAAUAGAAGUCUCUAGUAUCAUAAAUAUGAUAGAUGUUUGUAAUGCGUUGCUAGCAGAAAGACGUUUUCUCAAUGUAGUUAAAACCUUCUGGUCGAACAAUAUUAACUUGCGAGAUGUACCAAACAAAAGUGUCCGCCAUCGCAACACCUCAGAAAUUCUUAACCAACUUGUCUAUAAUCUUCUACUAACUAUGAACGGAUUUUGUAACAAAAUAAAAAAAAUGUGUACUCAACUAUUUACAUUUAAGAAAACAAGUGCUAGUGAAGCACUUUCCGCGACAAUUUGAGAAUUUUUAAAAUCCACUUUGAAUCACAUUUCGAAAUUGAAAUUUAAAAUACAGUUUAGCGCCAUUGUGAACUUUUACAUGUAAUGAUUUCAAAAUUUUAUCUUGUCCCUCAACAGUGAUAAUGCACUCUAAAAACCCGAGGAAUUUCAAGCGGCUCUAAACAGAAG